AUAUGCCCUUGAUUACAUCCGAUUACACCGCCUCCCAUGAGGAGUUUCUACAUCGAAUCAGCUUCCCAUCUUAGUUUCACAGAUACUGCCGUGACCUAGAGAAACCCGCCAAUAUUCGCCACGUCAGACCUCAAACUGGAUGAUAAGGUAGGAUUGAUCAACAAUGGCCUCGCCCCAAGCGUCCAGUGGAGACAAUUCUCCGCACUCGAACCCAAGAAUGCGACGCGGAGUAGCCUCGGUCGCAGGCCAGGAUCGGUUAUGCUACCCCGCCCAAGGCGGCAGCAGCAGCACACCAUACCUGGUAGUCAAUCCAAAGGCGUGCAUGAGGUGUCAAUGCAUGAGCAUAUAAACUAGGGUGGCGGUCUGACUUCCAAUUACCAACCUCCGACCCUUCAUUGCACAGCGACCGCGCAAGCAGUCCACAUCCUUUUUUUCUUCCACCAUCUCGAAGUACAGUACAUACACAGUACACCCUCACCAUGGCACCUCCCAGCUCAACCGAGACAUCGACCACCCAAACGUCCCAAGUCACCCUUCAGACCCGCCAGUCCUCCCAAGAGGAUGGUAUGGAGGCGGCGACAGUGAAGAACCAGACCUCCCAAUACCCCAAGCCCCCUGUCUUCGAAGAUAAGUACGAGGAACGAGAGUACCUCAAGGGCCGACUCGCCGCUGCAUUCCGCAUCUUCGGGAAGAAUGGAUACGAUGAGGGCGUGGCCGGCCACAUCACUCUCCGCGACCCUGUCGACCCGACCACCUUCUGGGUGAACCCGUUCGGCGUGGCCUUCUCGCAGAUCAAAGCCUCCGACCUCAUCCAGGUCAGCCAUGAAGGCAAGAUCCUCGACGGGGGGCCGGUCCGCCUCCUCAACGCUGCAGCCUUCAUGAUCCACUCCGCGAUCCAUGCCGCCCGGCCCGACGUCCUGUGCGCUGCGCACAGCCACAGCAUCUACGGGCGAUCGUUCUGCGCCCUCGGUCGGCCAUUGGACAUCAUCACGCAGGACUCGUGCGCGUUCUACAACGAUCACGUCGUCUACAAACAAUUCAACGGGGUCGUGCUGUCGGAGGACGAGGGACACAACAUCGCCAAGGCGCUGGGGAACAAGAAGGCGGCGCUGCUGCAGAACCACGGCCUGUUGACCGUGGGCACGAGCAUCGAGGCGACGGUCUUCUGGUUCGUCAGUCUGGAGAAGUGCUGCCAUGCGCAGCUGUUGGCCGACGCGGCGGCGGCGGGGCGCGGCGGGGCGACGAUCAAGAUCGAUGAUGCCGAUGCAGCGUUCACAUACAAGACCGUGGGGAGGCCCGGGUCGGGGUAUUUCAGUGCGAAGCCGCUGUUCGAUGUGAUCCAUGAGGAGACGGGGGGGAGUUACUUGCUGUAGACCUGGUCGUAUACUUUCUAAUGUUUACAACUGCGGCUACGUCGGUGGCACACAAUAUACGGAGAUGAACGAUUU